UCUUCCUUCCAUUUUCACUUGAAGACUUCCAGAGAACGACAAACAGGGACAAAAGCAAAGGGAGGCAGAGCAGAUCGCAGGGGCAAAAGAAGCAUAUGAGAGACAGAAGUUCUGCCACAGAGAAGCGAAAGCAGGAAGGACGACGCGCGAUCCUGUCUGUGACUGAAGCUGUUGGGUGACAAACAGACGAGCGAGAGCUGGCACGCGCGAGGAAGAAGACAGAGGAGACAAAGAAGAAAACGGGUAACGAAGGAGAAGAGGGGAGGCUAUCUUAGGUGACGAAAAACAAGCAGCAGGUAUUUUCAAGGAAGGAUUUGGGGUUUCUUAAGAAAACUUUAAAAAAGGGACGAGAGAUUUUCAAUAUUUGAAAAAGGAGUCAGAGAGGGGAGUUAGGUUUCAGUGUAGAAAGGGCUUAAUCAGUGAGAUCUUUAGAGUUUUAGGAGUUCUGUUCUUGGGGAUUUUCUUAGUCUUCUUUCCAAUAUUGAAAGAGAGCAGACUCUGGUGAGAGGGGAAUAUCAGAAAUCCGAAGGGUAGGCUUCUGAAGCAGAUCUUGGUCCUCACAGGUUCAACAAGGUCUUUACUGUCCCGGAUCACAUCGAUUGUGCCAAUGGGAGAUCUUCUCAACAUUCAGCCUUCAGAGCUUAAAUUCCCAUUUGAAUUGAGGAAGCAAAGCUCAUGCUCUAUGCAAUUGUCCAACAAAACUGAUAAAUAUGUUGCAUUCAAGGUUAAAACAACCAACCCUAAAAAGUACUGUGUUCGGCCCAAUACUGGUAUUGUUUUACCGGGAACCACAUGUAAUGUCACAGUUACUAUGCAAGCCCAAAAAGAGGCACCUCCUGAUAUGCAGUGCAAAGACAAGUUCCUUCUACAGAGUGUUGUUGCUCCAGAUGGUACAGCUACAAAGGACAUAACGGCUGACAUGUUUAACAAGGAGGACGGUAAGGUUGUGGAGGAGUUCAAAUUGCGGGUCAUUUAUAUUCCUGCUAAUCCUCCCUCACCUGUCCCCGAAGGAUCUGAAGAAGGCACAUCUCCCAGGGCAUCUGUGCUUGAAAAUGGCAAUCAAAGAGGUUCACUAUUUGAAGAUGUAUCAAGAUCUUUAGAGGAGCCCAAACAGAAGUCUACCAAGGUAUGGUCUAUGAUUUCCAGGCUUACUGAAGAGAAAACUUCUGCCAUUGAGCAAAAUCAAAAGCUACGUGAGGAACUGGAGCUAAUGAGAAAAGGAAUAAGCAAAAGUCGUGCUGGUGGUUUCUCUUUGUUAUUUGUGGCACUGAUCGGUCUCCUUGGUGUUCUGAUUGGCUAUUUGAUGAAGAGAACAUAGCUUAUUCUGUCAAAAGAAUUUAUUAUCGAUUUAAUUGGUUUUCGCGGGGUUAGCAUUUGGAAUAUCCGAAAUUUUUAUGAUAUUUUUAGGACCUUACCUUUUUUAGUGUGUAAAAAUUUGUACUCCUCACUGUAUAAGGAAAUUUCAAUCGAUUGAUUUGUCCUAGUUUGCACAAGUGGCUUUCCAAAGUUGAAUUGAGUGGGUGAUUGGAAGGAGAUUCGAACUUCUGUAAGCUUUAAGGAUAGUGAAAUUUUACUUGCUGUGGUGCAUGGAUUGUUUCAUAUUACCGAGCACGAGCUAAUUGUUGCCGGAAUUUACAUUUUGGUCCUAAAAUUCAGAUGGUAUGAUUUUGUUUUGGGGAUUCAAGAUAUGAUGAUUUGUAACAGUUCUGAUGAUAAUUUCGAACAGUGAAUUACAUAAUUUGUAUAUUCUACUAAGAGUUUGACUCAAAUUUUAGCA